CUUCAUUUUUAGAUCGGUUAUCCUCGAAUAACAGCAACUCUGACCAAUCACUUCAAACCAGAGGCAAGUUAUUUCCACCAUUCUCUUCAUUGCGGUACCGCUGAGCAUUGGUGCAGCAGCUUGACCAAGGUGCCAAAAUAUACUUUCAUUGAUUUGAAUUUUAUUGAUUCAUGUCCUUGAAGCGAUGGAAAUUCUGUUCAGAACGAAGGCGCUCCCAGUUUUUUGCCAUAGGUUGCCCUGGCACGAUGGCGCUGGAAUGAGCGAACCGUUGUGUUUAUAUGCUAUCCUUGGUAUCUCAGAGCGCAACUCAGAAAAGGUAGUUGUAGGACCUAUCACUGCAUUUUAUUUAAUUAACCACAUUACAAUUCAACUGCAUCGUGAAUACCUUUCGUUGCGGGCAAGCCGUGUUUUUGUCCCCAACGUAACCUGCUCGAAUGACCAAGACAUCAAAUUGAUCUGUGAACGGCGUUCAAACACUACGCACAGCAUUAAGAACGGGCACUACGCUUGA